UUGACCAGCUGAAAGGAGGAGCGUCUCUUUUGUAUUCCAACGAUCUCCUUUGGCUGUAAUUUUUCUUUUUACACUAAAAUGCAGUAUUUUUUGAUUUUUUCUCUUUUUGUUACGUGUUUUGUGUCAAUUGAAUGCUUUGAUGAAUGUGGAGCAGGUGAAGAUUGUAUAUUUAAGGCGGAACUUGUAAGAUUUCUUGAAGAAAGUGACCCCAUAUGGACUACCAUCAAUAAGGCUGAAAAGAAUUACAUUCCAUGUAUUCAGGGCAAUUGUACGUGCUAUGAAGAUCAGCUGGAGCAAGAUCUGAAGCCAUUCCUCUCGGGCGUAUCCCGGGAAAUGCUAGAGGCUGUGAGGAGUAAAGGCACGCGGUACCAAAUAGUAAACAAUAAGCUCUAUCGUCAGCCAGACUGCAUGUUUCCGGCACGAUGCUCAGGCGUGGAGUACUUCAUAAAGCCUCUCCUGGCGAAACUGCCAGACAUGGAGCUUGUGAUUAAUGUCAGGGAUUGGCCACAGAUUUACAAGCAGUGGAAGCAACAGUCAGGCCCGGUGCUCUCAUUUAGCAAGACUGAUGAGUACAUUGAUAUCAUGUAUCCAGCAUGGAGUUUUUGGGAAGGAGGACCAGCUAUAUCUCUCUAUCCCACUGGCCUAGGAAAAUGGGGUGCACAUCGUGAGUCCAUCAGUAAGGUGGCUAAAGAGGUACCCUGGAAUAAGAAAGAAUCCAAAGCUUUCUUCCGUGGGUCACGUACAUCUUCCGAACGAGAUCCUCUGGUGCUACUUUCUCGAGAACAUCCUACCCUUUCCGAUGCACAAUACACAAAAAAUCAAGCCUGGAAAUCCCCAGCGGAUACUCUAAAUGCCCCACCCGCACCGGAAGUGAGUUUCGAGGAUCACUGCAAAUACAAGUAUUUAUUCAAUUUCCGCGGUGUGGCAGCAAGUUUCCGUUUCAAACAUCUCUUCCUCUGCAAAUCUCUUGUCUUCCAUGUGGGCGAUGAAUGGAAGGAGUUUUUCUAUGACUCCCUAAAGCCAUGGGUUCACUAUGUACCCGUUAAAUCAAAUCCUACAACAGAAGAGCUGAAAUCUCUCAUUGAAUACUUCAAACAACACGAUGAACUGGCGCAGAAGAUUGCAGAGGAGGGAUAUGAGCACAUCUGGCACCACCUCCGGAUGGACGAUAUAAAGUGCUACUGGGAAAAGUUACUGAUGAACUAUGGAAAACUCAUGAAGGACAGAGUUGUGCGGGAUGAAAUGCUCAUUGAAGUUUCAUAGAAGAAGAUUUAACAUCAUGUUAAAUUGCUUGUUCUGCUUGAUCGAACUGAAUGAGAAUUACGAUAUAAUUCGAGAUUGCAGCAAUUAUCUGAGGAUAAAAAUGAUUUAAUUAAUUAAUUUUGUUACACUGAAAUAUUUUGUCGAAUAGAAGAUUUUAUUACAAGUCAA